AUGGAGAACAGCGACGAGGAGGAGGAGAGCAUGGGCCGCGUGGCCGGCCGUGCCCGCCUGCUAGCCGUGGACUCGGAGCCGUCCGUGGUCCGGGCAGCUAUCGCGCCGUACAUCGAGGACAUCGACAGCUACAUGCGGUACCUAGAGAAGUUGAGGAGGCCGACGGACUAUAUGCCCACAACGGGGCAAGUUUACCCCUCUUGGAGAGCCAUCAUAGUGGACUGGCUCGUGGAAGUGGCCGAUGAAUUCAAUUUUCCGGCCGACACGCUUCACCUCGCUGUUUCAUAUGUGGACCGCUUCCUCUCGGUGGGCGCCAUUGUCACCAGGGAGCUGCAGCUACUGGGUGCAACUUCAUUGUUUCUUGCUGCGAAAUAUGAAAGCGAUGAAUGUGCACAUAAGGCCAAAGAUUACUGUUACGUUACUGACAACUCAUACACCGAGCAACAAGUGGUCAAGAUGGAGGCUCACAUACUGCAUCUGCUUAAUUUUGAGAUGGGGAGCCCCACCGCAAGAACUUUCCUGCGGAGAUACGUAACUAUUUGCCCUCGAGGCGAUGUAAGAAAGCUAGAGUUCCUGUGUAGCUACCUUGCGGACCUAAGCUUACUUGAAUAUGACUGCACAAAGUUCAGGCCAUCAGUUGUUGCUGCUGCCUGCCUUUUUGUGGCCAGGUUCACAAUCAACCCAGAUAGCCGUCCUUGGAACCUAGUGCUGCAAAGAAGAGUGGGCUACAAGGUCUCUGAUCUCAGGUGUUGCAUCUUGAAGAUACACCGUCUGCAGUCCAUCGGAUCGUAUCCAGGCAUCAAAGAAACGGCCAUCAAAGACAAGUAUAGUCACUGCGAGCUUGAGUGUGUGUCAGCAAUGGGUUCGCCAUGUGAAAUCCCAGAGUACUACUUCAAAGGCAUCAAAGACCAUAAAAAUACAGCCAGUGAAAAGUGGAAGCGCUCUCGCCACAUUUAG